CGCGGAGCGCUGAGGGCUCGGGCACCUCCACGCGGCCCAGGAGCGCCAGGCUCGGCAGGCAUCGUGCGCUCCUCCAGACCAGCUGGAGCUGCCCGGCCCCGCCUGCCGCCCUGCCUCUCAAGGCAGAGACAUUUGUUUGGGUUAACAGUGCAUCAGCACAUUCCCAGAGUGUUGCCAAGGCCAAAUAUGAAUUUUUAUUUGGCAGAUCUGAAGAGAAAACUCCAGAUACUAGUGAUCAUGGAGGAAGCACUUUACUCCCCCCGAAUGUCACAAAUGAAUUUCCAGAAUAUGGGACCAUGGAGGAAAGUGGAGAAGGCCUAAGAGCCUCUCUCGAGUUUGAUGCUGAAUCUCUGCCGUGCUGCCCUCAGGCGCAGCAGAGGGUCCAGCCUCUUGCUGGCCAUCCCUCUGGGCUUCUCAGUGUUACCGGAGGACCAAAAGAUGUCAGAGAGGUCCCCUCUCAGAGUCAUCUCAAGGAACAGAGUUUACAACCCAUUGACUCUUUGAUUUCAGCUCUGAAAGCCACAGAAGCCAGAAUAGUUUCAGGAACAUUGCAGGCUACAAAGGUACUGGAUGGAGAUGUGGUUUCUACUUUUUUAGUUCAGCAGGUGGAACAAGAGCCAGACACUGCCAGUCAUAAAACACAGAGAGCCAACACACUGUUCCCUGCUGGCCGAGAAAAGUCACCCGAUAUACCUCUUUCAGCUGAAGUUACGACUGAGGAAAAUUUUUAUUUGAGCAUCCAGGAGGACCUGACUGCACUAUUAACUGGAGAAACUCAAGCGGAGAUUUCCCUAAGAGCUAAUAAUGGGAGAAAGGGGGCUGUCCAUGUGCAGGAGCCAGCUUGUCCAGCAUCCUCCGUGGGGAGCCCCAUGACCCACAGCUCAGUGGGCAGUGCUGGUUUAUUGAGAGAGAGGAGAUCUGAUCAGGGGAGAGAGCACCCAGAGCAGUGUGGUCGAGGCAGCUCCUCAGGACACCCAGGCCAGGUCAAACAUGUGGAAUUUCACGGGGUGGAAAUAUUGUGGACAGGAGGGGAGAAAAGAGAGACAUGGCAACCUGUGGAUUUUCAGACAUCGUUGGAAAGGACAACCCUUCCUGAAAGCAAAGAGUUUUCUAAAGUGCCAAGCCAUCUCGUCUCAUCUGCUGGUUUGUGUGAUUCAGCUGGUUUAACUGACAGUGUUUGGGAUGACACCCGGAGAGCUCCUUCAGAGAGGCUGGCCACUGGCUCAGGGCCAUUUCUGCCUGAGCCUCUUCUUGAGAGUGGAGAGGAUGAAGUCUUCCUAAGGGAAAACAAGGAACAUCUUGAGACGAAACCUGAGUUGGAAAGAGACAGGGAAAGGAUUCUUGAGCAAGAGGAACACUUUCGGGCCAGAGAUGAUGAUAUCCUUGGGUCCGGUUGUGCAGAGGACUCCACUGAUGUGUACAGCUCCCAGUUUGAAACCAUUUUGGACAACACUUCUUUAUACUACAGUGCUGAGUCCUUGGAGACUUUAUAUUCAGAGCCUGAUAGCUAUUUUAGCUUUGAAGUGCCCCUCACUCCAAUGAUACAACAGCGCAUUAAAGAAGGCGGUCAGUUCCUGGAGAGGACAUCAAUGGGAGGACAGCAGGACGUCCUGAGCAUCUCCGCAGAUGGUGGAAUAGUGAUGGGCUAUUCUGGUGGGAUCGCCAAUGGGCUGAGUGGCUCCAGUAACUCCACCUACGCGAAAGGCACCCCAGAGAUUGCUUUCUGGGGAAGCAACGCUGGGGUGAAAACAACACUGCUAGAGGCUCAUUCUGAAAUGGGGAGUACUGAAAUUCUGGAAAAGGAAACCUCAGGAAGUCUCAGUAAUGGUACCAGCAGCAACGUAGAAGCAGCCAAAAGGUUGGCCAAACGUCUUUAUCAACUAGACAGAUUCAAAAGAUCGGAUGUGGCAAAGCACCUAGGCAAGAACAAUGAAUUUAGCAAACUAGUUGCAGAAGAAUAUUUGAAGUUUUUUGAUUUUACAGGAAUGACACUGGAUCAGUCUCUCAGGUAUUUCUUUAAAGCAUUUUCUCUUGUGGGAGAAACCCAGGAACGAGAGAGAGUUUUAGUACACUUCUCCAAUAGAUAUUUUUAUUGUAAUCCAGAUACCAUUGCUUCACAAGAUGGAGUCCAUUGCCUCACCUGUGCAAUGAUGCUUCUUAACACAGAUCUCCAUGGCCAUAAUAUUGGAAAGAAGAUGACCUGCCAAGAGUUCAUUGCAAACCUCCAAGGGGUAGAUGAGGGUGGUGAUUUCUCCAAGGAUCUACUGAAAGUAAGGUUUUCGCAUUUCUUCCAAACACUCUUCUUAAUACACCAUUACUACAAAUUGUCCGCAUGUAGCAGCUCAAUAAAUGCUCUGUACAACUCAAUCAAGAAUGAGAAGCUUGAAUGGGCAGUAGAUGAUGAAGAGAAAAAAAAGUCUCCAUCAGAAGGUACUGAUGAGAAGGCUAAUGGAACACAUCCAAAGACCAUCAGCCGUAUUGGGAGUACUACCAACCCAUUCUUGGACAUUCCUCACGACCCAAAUGCUGCUGUGUACAAAAGUGGAUUCUUGGCUCGGAAAAUCCAUGCAGAUAUGGAUGGAAAGAAGACUCCAAGAGGAAAGCGAGGAUGGAAGACCUUUUAUGCUGUACUAAAGGGAACAGUUCUUUACUUGCAAAAGGACGAAUAUAAGCCAGAGAAGGCCCUGUCGGAAGAGGACCUGAAAAACGCUGUGAGUGUGCACCACGCACUGGCGUCCCGGGCCACGGACUACGAGAAGAAACCCAAUGUGCUCAAACUGAAAACUGCUGAUUGGAGGGUCUUGCUUUUUCAAGCCCAGAGUCCAGAGGAAAUGCAAGGGUGGAUAAACAAAAUUAAUUGUGUUGCAGCUGUAUUUUCUGCACCACCAUUUCCAGCAGCCAUCGGAUCUCAGAAGAAGUUUAGUCGCCCACUUCUGCCUGCCACCACUACAAAAUUGUCUCAGGAGGAACAGCUGAAAUCUCACGAAAGCAAGCUGAGGCAGAUCACCACAGAGCUAGCUGAGCACCGCUCCUACCCACCUGACAAGAAGGUUAAAGCCAAGGAGGUGGAUGAGUACAAACUCAAAGAUCACUAUCUGGAGUUUGAGAAAACCCGCUAUGAGAUGUAUGUCCGCCUUCUGAAAGAGGGGGGCCUGGAGCUGCUGAGUAGCAGCGGUGGAGGGGGCGCCGCGGGCCUGAAGAAGUCGCACUCCAGCCCCUCACUGAACCCAGAUUCAUCUCCGGUCACCGCCAAGGUCAAGAGAAACGUGUCGGAGAGGAAAGACCACCGACCUGAAACUCCAAGCAUUAAGCAAAAAGUCACUUAGAAUCCAUCUGCGGCCAGGAAGUGCUGGUCGUGGAGCAAAAUAGAGUUUUUCAAGAUCUUUCUGGUGAAUCCGUGAAUAUAUUUAAAAAAAAGUCUGUGACUAAAUGGUGCAUUAGUAACCUUUCCUAUUGUAUAUUUUUGUUAGUUUCUGUACAGAUUGUCUCUUUGCUCUUGAUUUCUUUGCUUUGAUGAUUUCUGCUACCUGAUAACUAAUGCACCUUUUGUGAGGGGAGGGGAUCAUGAUUUCAGAAUGGAUUAUGUAUCGCUUCUCCCUCAGGGUUCUCUCAUUUGCACUCUGCUCAGUUGUUUUGUGUGUUCUCAAAUCAGCUGUUACACUUUUUUUAAAGGUUAAAGAUUUAAUCCAUUGUGAAACACUUAACUGGACAAACUUUGUAGUUUAGAAAAUUCUAGCUGGAGCUAAUAUAAGCCUUUUCAUGUGAAAUCUUGCCCAGUCACAGAGGUGGAAUCCAGCGCUCGCGCUCGCAGAGGUUCAGUUAAGAGUUACAGUCACGGGAGGUGCCACUCCCCUGUGAGGCCUCACGCAUCCGAGCGCUUAGUGUUGAGUCCGGCCCUGCUGGUGGGGGUAGAGGCGGGCAAGGACCUCAGGACUGGGGAAUUUAAGAAGCACAUUAGCUCGCUUGAAGUGUAGAUUCCAUUUCAGCCAAGCAAGGAAGGAGGAAGUGGCGUCUUUUGAAGGCAGAGGCAAGGUGGCCCAAAGUUCAUUUUGUUUUCUAAAGGAUAGUGGCAACAAUGGACUCGGGGGCUGCAGCAACGAGCUGUGUUUUUGAUCUGCAGGAAAUCGUUACCUCACUCCCACAGGGUCUAGACAAGGAAUCCAGAGCCGUCUGUGGUGGAUAUCCUGCCAUCCGGGAAUUAGGUUCUUUUAUAUAUAUAGGCAUGGUGUUGUCUCCUGAUUGUAAGAAUUUGGGGUCUUCCUAACAAAAUAAUAUCAAAAUGGAGCCCCUUUCAUUCUUUCCUUAACAAAGCAAAAUAGGGAAGGAAAAAGUUGUUUUUCCCUAUAGUUGUUUGGCAAUAGAAUGUUGAUUCUUUACAAUAAAUCUGAAAGGAAUAAAAUCUGAAGGGAUUAUGGCUGGAAAACUGAGGAAUCUCCUGGUGACAAACACAGAGUCCCUUAGUCUGUUCUUGUCUCUGUCUCUGUGAAGCCGCUUCACCCUGCUGCACUGAACUGUCCCCUAAAAUAAAUCCUUGAUUCUAAAUCAUUUCUUUGUAUCUGCUCAGAGCAGUCAUAAGCUUAUUCCAGGGACAGUCCCUUUGAAAUUCAGGGUGAUAAACAGAACAUUCUCUUACUGAGGAGGAGAAAGGAGUGAAAAUUGAGCCCACUGUGAGUUAGAACUUUCUGAUUUUGGAACCUGAAAACUUUGUGAUCCUUAAACCUAGAAUCUCCACAAGUUCAGAGCGAAUGGAAUUACUUUGAAUGUUCUUUUCUCUCCCACAGAGAUUUGCUCUUUUCUGCUCGGUUUACUAGUUAAGGUGCUGUGUGACCAGAGGCUCAGGGACUCUGCGUGGAUAGCAUGGCUCCGGGGAAUUAAAGAAAACCUGCUCCUAAACCAUGGUACUUUCUAGUGGUAUUUUGUUCCGAUGCACCAGUAUUUAUACAGGACUAUUUAUUAACAUGCACUUCCUUCAGCUGUAGAAAUGCCCAUAUUUGCUGGUGCCCAGAAAAGAGAAACCCCUCCCUAAGGUUGUAGCUGCUUGCUUUGUGGUGUUUUUGCCACACAUUUGAAAAACUCCUUCUAACCCUCUAUCUUGUUUAUUAGGUAAAGGCAGUGACUAAAUUUGUUUCAACACCUAGAAACAAACAGGGUAGUUACCAACAUGGCCCAUGUACCUGAUUCUUUCUUUGUAGCUUCUGGCUGAAUCCAAGGUUUCUACAAGGGAAUAGUCUUUCUUCCUAGAAUCUGAAUCAUCAGUGUGUGUGCUUUCUGCCUAGAUCUUUAUCCUAAGCAGGGGGGAGAGAGGUACCUAGACCAUAUCAUCUCUGAGCUUCAAUAACUAAAGAAAAAUCAACAUCCCUGACUGGCUUGAAUGUGUGUGCUCCCAGUAUGCGUGUGUGUGUGUAUGUCGAAUGUCUCCGUGUGUGUCACUUAGAGUCUGUACCAGACGUGGAAUGGUACCUUGCUGCAGUGUUUAGACACUCGAGCAGCUCUGAAAUGCCCGGUCAGCAUCAGCACCACGACGGCAUUGUGCUCACUGUAUGACUCACUAAUGUUCUCUCCAAGAACGUCUGGAUAUGCUAAUAGAGAGACAGAUGAGAAGGGCACUUUUGAAGCUGUGGUAUAUACUGUGUUCCCAUAGUUUAUCUUGAAAAACAACUGCAAAGGUUACUUUGUGAGCCAGGAUCCCAGACUGCCGUUGUUAGGGGAUGGGCUGAGAACACCUCCCCCUGAGGCCUCUGGACUGUCUGGUGCCAGUGCCCCUCGCAGGCCAAGAGCUUAUCCUGUAGGAGACAAGGCCCCUCCUGUGACAGGAUCCUGAGAGCCUUGCCCAUAGCCAACCAGGGUCUCCUUUGUGAUCAUUUCUUUCCCGUGGGGUCUAGUCAGGAGACAUGACUGAAGACCUUCCCCUUCACAGUUCCUCCACACCUGCCACCCAGUUCACGGUACAGGGGAGCCCCCUCCUUCCCUUCUGAAGGUACUGCCCCCCAUCCCUCACCCAUCCCUCAGUACCGGGAGCCUUGCGAUCUCUCUCCAUCUAAUAAGUUAUUAUUCCUCUUCGCAGAAAUAGACCUAAUGUUAAUUUUUAGUAUAGAAAAUCUUGAGAGUCAUCAAAAUACCUUGGUGACAGUCUUGUUGCCGAAUUGUCCAUAGAAGCAGCCGUGUGCGGAACUGAAGUGUCUCAGGGUGUGUUCCCCCACCUCACAUGUUGACAUUUACAGGGAGGGGUCAGGAAUUCCUUGUUAGCAGUCGAAACCUAAUUACUAGCAUGCAAGAGUCCUUAUUUUAUUGCCAGCCAUAGACAUUAUUUGAAGUUUGCCUUUUACAGACAUCAUUUGCUGACUCUUAGUAAUGCCUGAUUAAACCAAGCAACACUUCUGCACAUUUUAAUUGCCUCGCGUGGAGAGUCGUCUGGGGGACUGCAGUCCUGGACCGGAUGAACCUUUUCUGUUGCUCUUGCGUAAAGAGGAUGGAGAGCACCUGUGCAAGACCGUCUUUGCUUCUGCGGCUGUGAUCCUCAUUCCAAAGAUGAGUGUUUCCUGGUCAGAAGUGACGUGAGGGAGUUAAUUCUGGGAGAGAAAAAUUGGCUGGCUCUCCAAGGCCAAUCUAGGGUUGGUCUCUUGUGUUCGUGUUUCACCCUGUGGCCAAAGCACAGAACCCCUGAGGCUGGAGAGGGGUUUACAUACCCAGCAGGGAAGGAGCCUCCUGCCGGCCCCAGCCUGUUGUCCUUCCAGCACAGAAAGAGCCGGGGAAGACAUUCUUAGGUAGGGCAGGGCUUGCUUUGGCCUGGAGCUGCACCUCUUCUCUGCCUUUAUCCCUAAUCAUAGACAAUUGGAAGAAAAUUGACCUUAAAGAAGUUUCUCCAUUGUCUUACUUGGAACACUUUCUUGGGUAUAGAUAGUGGUCACUGGAAUUUGAUUCUUUGGCACUUUUCCUUGUAGUCACCCGUUAAGCUUUUUUAAGGCCAAGUUCACAGGGCAUUCUCAGUCUUGUGGUCCAAAGCUCUGUAGUGUAGCUCUUGUGGACCGGGCCAAGAGUUCAGCAGGUGGGGAGCCACCUUCCUUAGCUGCAACAAUGGACAACCUCCUGAUCCCUUCACUUUUCAAUUGUCAGAAUUUUUGCAAUUAUAAGAUUAAUGCUGUUAAACAGGAAUCAAAGUGGCACCCAGGACUUGUUCACAGUAGAGCCUGGUUAAUGACUAGUGUGACUUGAGCUUAACUAGCACCUGCUUUUCUCACUGAGUGUCUGAGUUACUCUGACAGAAGAUCAGCUUUUGUAAGGAGAUGAGCCUCUGGGCCUUCCUGGUUCCAAAGCUUUCUGGCUGUCUCUUCUCCCAGGCCAACUGCUCACCCUGGGCAACAGGUGUCUCCAUUGGCCUUGGACAUCUUAUAGUACCAAGUUACCCAGAGGACUUCAGAGACCAGUAGCUCACACAGAAUAACCCAACAGUGAUGAAAGGUGCUUUGUCACUGCUUCUGCUCUCUUUUCAGUGUCUCUCAAAAGGAGGACCAAGGUCCAAAGCCAUUGCCAUUUUCCUUUUGUGCCCAGAGUACCCAAAGCCCGAGCGGGCAGCCUCUGCCUAGGACAGUGAGUGGCCAGUGCCUCCAGAGAGAAUGUCUUCAGAGAGAGAGUGCCAGUAAAGAUGUGGAUCUGCAUGACAGUCUGUGGACUUGACUGCAACAGCAAGAAAAUAUCGCAAGUUAAGUAGUUGUAUAUACAGUAGGUUUCCUUAGGUCUCUUUGGCUCAUCCUUUGUAAUUUACGUGUGUAUCUGUAGUGUUGCAGGCUUUUGGAGAAUAUUGAUAGUAUGUCAGGCAUCAAAUAGUAUGCCUUCCGUCACCUGCCAAUGUCGUAGUUGUGGGUAUUUAUAGUUGUAUGUAUCUAUAUGUAUCAAUGUGUAGAUUGUACAUCAGUAUACGGUAUAUGUACAUCAAAUUUAUUUUUGUCCUUAACCAGUGUGAUAUGAAAAGCAAGUAAAAACCUCAUAGGACUGAAUAUAUAAUGCAGUUUUUGAGAGUCUAUACAGUGGUACUGUUUUAUUAAACUUAAAUUCAAAUGAUAUUUUGAUUAAUUUUUUUAAUGAUUAAGAUUUUAUGCUAGAAAGUUUCGUCUGUGAGCUUUGAAUCACCAGAGCAAAAAUGGCUCUGAACUAACUUUGUUAAACUAUUUCAGUGUCCUGUGUACAAUACCCGGGGUGGGGCUGUAGCUCAUUAUAAUUUGAAAUAUACAGAAAGAAAGGGGAAAAAAAAAAAACACAGGCAACCUGUGCAGUCUUAGUAACUUCAGUAUUAAGAGCACUUAAACAUAAAGUCAGACUGACAAUUUGGGGCUUAUUACAAAAUGUGAUGCUUUAAAGCACACGUUCUUUAUUGCUGUAAUUAGUCCAGAAAAAUAGAGCUUUCAGAAGAAUUAGCUAAGUGCCCAGCGUAUCAUUUAUGUACCUGUGUCUGUUUUACAGCAGCUCAAACCACCCUCCUAGCACUGCGUCCUCAUCCUCUUCACCUUAAAGAACUAUCGCCAGCCCUGCAGUAGAUCAGGGCUUCCGGAGAUCUGGGACUGCCCUCCAGGCCUGCGGUUGCACAAAUUAGCAUCUAGACACAGGUAAAAGAACUUUAGGACAGGCUAUGGGCCAGGUUAAAACUUUAGUAUUUUUAUACUUAGGUCUCUUUUCCGGCCUCUCCCCAAAGAAGAGCCACUGGCCUUAGUUGUCUGAGCUUACUGCCUAUCUUACAGUAUAUAAGUAUUAGAUAACUAGAGAUUAAAACUUUAUUAGCCAGCAUGUUGGUAUAUUUAAAGCAAAACUGAGUGUGUGUGAGUGAGUGGUCGAGUGCAGUGUAUUCGUCUACGCACACUGCCUGUCGUUCCUCGUGUCCAGUUUAGAGGGUGGGAGUCGUGGGCUGGGAGGCUCAGCUCCGGCUCCAGGCUGCAGUAGUGGUGGUGGUUACACUUGCGUUUUUUUAAUUAACUCUGCAGUCUCAAACCGUUUUUGCCAGUGUAUCCUAUUUCCUCAUCUGUUUUUGACCACGCCGUGAGUUGGCUCUGUGGCUGCGCAGCAGGGUCUCUGUUCCACAAGGGUGUGUUUCCUUCUAAGAACUAUAGUGAUUUACAGAAGCGUCCAUUUGACUCAGAAAUCAUAUACAAAAGGAGUAGCAAAAUUUAAAAGUUUCACUUUGGAGCUUAAUCAUUUGAAAUGUUUGGACUUUUAAUAUAAAGCCAAGUAACCAUUUGGCAUGGAUAAUAUCUCCUCUGCAGAGAGUAUGCAUGCUCAUUGCUUUUUAAUGCCAUUAGGACCCUUUCUUAAGCUGUAGGAACAAGAGUCAAAGUGGGGGUGUGGGGAGUGUGGGAGCCGCUUGCCUUCCGCUGAGGAAGACGUGCUGUGGCCUGUCCUCCGCUCCGAGAGAUCUGGCGCACGUGCGGCCUCGGCAGUAUGUACAUGCACUUGCACACGUGUACACAGCGAGUGUCCUAAGUGACAUAAACUUGAGACCCAGAGCACCCGAGUGGUCCGAGAGGUGUGGACCGAGGCGACAGCGGCCCGCAGGCCCCUCCCGGGCGGGCGGGAGUUGGAGCCCCGCGUCUGACCUUGAGACGCUGUGCAGGGAGGCGGGUGGCCGGCAGUCGGGGGACGCUCAUCUCCUGUCCGGUGGACCUUCGCUCCCCGGCGUCCCGCAGUGGCUGGCGUGGCCAUCGUCCCCAGUGGCGCUGCUGCUCGCUCUCCAGCUGGUUCCUUUGAGAAGGGAGUACGGGGAAGGGGGGGCACGGCCCGCCCCCCGCCAGCCUCCCCUCUGAGCUGGUGGUGGGGCUGGAAAGGGGAGGGGCCUGGCCACGAUGGGUUUCCCUUCGCAGGGUGGAGGCUCAGCUUUCACGAAUAGUGCUAUAAAAAUAAGCACCUUAUUGUCAAUUCCUGAAAAUGCUGGUUACUAGGGAGAAUUUUGGAGUUCCCCUUACCGUUUCCCCGAGCGCCCCCCGGGGAGCCCCAGGCACAAGCUCAGUUCAGGACCCACUGUGGGCCUGGGCUCCUGCUGGGACGCCACCUCAGAGGCCAGCAUGCACCUCUCUGCAAAGAGGGGCUCCUCCCAGCCUCCCUCCUCCUGGGCUCCUAGGAGCCCAGGGUUGGUCCAUGUGCGCCUUCCCUGGCUGCAGGGAUCCAGCUGUCCUCAUGGGCUGACCCUGCUGAGGGUGACCGAGUCACUGCAGUGACGCUUGACAAAGGUAUUAAACAAUUCUCUGACUGAAGCCAAGACCGUAUAUGUUGCCUUUGCAAGAAACAAGAUGGCAGGUUGAACUGUAACCGGGGAUGGAUGAUCUCUUUGCCUUUGCACUUGAUUUCUGGAAAUGGAUAAGGUUUCUUUUCCGCGGAAGCGUUAAGGGACGCAGCCCGCUGCUGCGCGGUUCUCCCCAGGCCCCAUGAGCCCUGCUGAGCAGAGGCCUCAGUGCCUCCCUGCAUUCCUUCUCCCCCCCACCCCCCCGCCCGCCACUGGCUUCGGAGCCUGUUCCUAGAGCAGAAGUUGACGCAGUGGAGAGCUGGAACCGCAGCCUUGAUUGCUGUAGGGCAGGCAGAGGGCAGAGGUUUGUAUCCUUUAAUAUAAAACGAGCUUUGAACUUUUCCAGCCUAUUAACUGGGUUAUGUUUACUGGGGUUCAAACUAAUUGGCAGAGUGGGUCAGUCCCUUACCUUCAGAGCUUUCUCCACCAGUCACUUCAGUUCCAUUGUAGUCCCGGUGCCAUAUGUCCCUGAAAUCGUGAAAGUAAUUAGUGAUAAAAUAGCAGCCUACUCCUUUUCAGUGGCCAGACUGUCAGCACUGGCAGACUUGGGUGAGCCCGUGGCACCGACUCCUUAGGAAACCUGUUCCUCCUCGCCCACCAGGCUCGAGAAAUGCUGUCUCCUAGAGAAUCACGGGAUUUACGGUGGUCAUCUUUUGAAUGGAACAGUACUUUAUGUGGAUAUUGUUAAAGUGUUUAAAGAAUAUUUUGAAAAUUAAGUUUACAUUUUACGAUCGCUUUAUUUUUUAUUAAAAUGGUUGUAUAUAGAUAUUACCCUAUCUCACCGUUGUUGAAGGAAAGCUAACCGUGCAGACCAGUGAGUCACCUGAUGUGUAUAGAAGCUGUGAUGUAUAGAGUACAUUUCUCUACUGUGUAAAUGCUCAUGAAUAUAACUGUUCCUGUGUUUUUAUAAGUUGGGGAUAAUUUGUUGUUUUACAGCAACAAAAUUUAUUGCAUUUAAAUGGUUUUUAUGUAAUAGAAAUCAUGCAAAAUAGUGAAGGAUUUAAAAUAUGUAUAUGAUAUAUGUAA